AUGGUUCCAAGGGGCGAGAGAUGCGGUAUAAUUGGGUUGUUGCAGCCUGUAUCAUGGCCACAUCUGUUCCCUGCCCAAGGACGAGCUCACGUGCCGGGUUCUCAAGUCGCCGGAGUCUGGCAACUGAGCACCUACUCUCAGAAAGGCAUGUGUUGCAAUCACUGCUCAGGUCGGCGGUCACAUGGGGGUGGGCGAGGCCGGCCGAAAGAGCCGAACAGCCCGACAAGCACAUGCAUACAUACAGACACACUUACAGGCCUCGGCUACAUGUCUUCACAUUCUCUCGCCUCCCACCCCUCUGUCUCGGCCAGCUUGCAUGCCAGCCCCACCAUUAGCACAAACGCCUCACUGAUUUCUCGCCCCACUGACGACGGACAACAGAGCGAGUCUGCGUGA